AUGGACAACAUCCCUCUUGACCCGGCGCUUGAAGCGCUCAUGCCAAGCACUGACGACCUGAUGGAAAUAGAUGUACUCUCCGCUCCACAGAAUGAAUUGAGGAAGAGAAGCAUCCCGUUGCCAGAUGUUGCCGGUCCGAACCCAAAGAAUUCUAGAAAGAAAACUGUGAAACCAAGACCCAAGAAAGCCGUCAAAAAGAAAAAUCAAGAGCCUCCAGAGCCUCCAAACAAGAUGCCGCCGAUUGAGGAGGACCACCCACCAGCCGAUGAACAAGAAAGCCGAGCUUAA